AUGACUGCCCCAACGGCCAUUAAAAAGCUUCCAGAGACUGUUAAACCACAGGAAACUACUGAAAAUGAGCUUUUAGUUGAUGUCAAUAACAUCCCUAAGGAGGAGCCAAAACCAGCUGUCGAAGAUGAGGACAUGAAGGAAGACGAGCCUCAGCCUGAAUCAGUUGUGCUAGAUGAAAGCGGAAAGCCAAAGUUCGCUGCUGCUGGAAAGAGUGGAAUGAAGGUGAAGUUGGAGAGCAGAAAAGUUCCAGUUCCUCCACACAGAAUGGCACCUUUGAAGAACACAUGGAUGAAGAUCUACCCUCCUUUGGUUGAACACUUAAAGCUACAAGUCAGAAUGAACCUUAAGACCAAGACUGUUGAGUUGAAGACUAACAAGCAUACCGAGGAUGUUGGUGCUUUGCAAAAAGGUGCUGACUUCAUCAAAGCUUUUACUCUAGGUUUUGAUGUGGACGAUGCCAUCGCUCUUUUGAGAUUGGACGAUCUAUAUAUCGAGACCUUCGAAAUCAAGGACGUGAAAACCUUGACAGGUGACCAUUUGUCCAGAGCUAUUGGCCGUAUUGCAGGUAAAGACGGUAAGACGAAGUUCGCUAUUGAGAAUGCCACAAGAACAAGAAUCGUUUUGGCUGACUCCAAAAUCCAUAUCUUGGGCGGCUUCACGCACAUUAGAAUGGCUAGAGAAGCUGUUGUGUCGCUCAUUUUGGGUUCACCUCCAGGUAAGGUGUACGGAAACUUGCGUACUGUCGCUUCCAGAAUGAAGGAGAGAUAUUAA